AUGGCUUCGAUCGCGGCGUCUCCAGUGUUCCCCACCAGUCUCAAGCGCUCGCGGCUCGGCGACUCGCUCGACCUCUCGCGAAAGAAACGCCAAUGUCGAGCGAGCGAUGCCAUUGGUCAAAAUGAAACCCCUCUCGACGACUUGGACGUUGCGAAAUACAGUCAGCGCCAUGUCGAAUACUUUGAGCAAGUCAAACAGGCGGAGCUCGCGCGCAUUCGGACCGAGUUCGACCACUUGAGCAUGAAAAAAGACGCCGAGUUCCAGCGACUGGGGCAAGAGCUGCAGCAGACGCUCGAGCGGGCCGCACUGCAGGCCCAAGACGCGGCCCGGCUCCAGGCCGAGAACAAGCUGCUGAAGCGGGCCGUGGCGAUCCAGAACCAGCAGAAGGACGAGGUCCAGCAGGAGAACAAUGUGCUGAAGCAACUGGCCACGCAGGCUGCGGAGCACAUGAAGCGGCUCGAACAGGCGAAUUAUACGCUGCGGGUCCAUUUGCAGACGAGCACGAGCGCCGUGAUUGGCCACCGUCAGCCACCCGACGUGUACUAG